AUGGCUAAUGCCUCGCUCGGGUUUUACGUGGCUCUCCAAAGCACUGGGAUCAUCGAGAUUGCUUUCGACCCCAGCAAAAGCGCAAAUGAAUCUCUGUCUGUUGUAGGAAUCAACACGAACGCUGGUUUCAUGCCGGGGUGGCUCACCUCGUUCGCCGACAAGGUCUAUAGCAUCAACCGUACAAACUACCCGGACAGCGAUGUCGGUUCGGGUGGCGUAUUCGCAUUUCAAAGAGCUUCCCCUACAACUUCGACUGGGACUGGGAACAGGCUUGUCCUCCUUAACCACGCAAGCAGUCAUGGAAAGGGAGGCGUCCAUUGUGAGGUGAGCCCAGACGGAAAGAUCCUCGCAGCUGCAAACAUCACGGCGUCGACGUUGUCAAUCUAUCCAUUACUCGAGGAUGGCUCCAUCGGCGCGUCCACGUUUGUGUUUGACUACAACCAGUCGGAUCCUGGGCCUAAAGAAGCACACCCGCAUCAAGCAACAUUUGAUCCUUCAGGACAGUUUCUGUUUGUUCCGCUUCGGACAAUGGAUCGUCUAGACAUCUACUCUGUCAACAGCCCCCAGCAAGUCAACAAGGUUCACAGCAUCCCAAUACCAGCACCGGCAGGAGCUCGGCAUGUGGCAUUCAACUCCAUCAGUCCCUCCAAGGCAUACAUGUAUCUCAUCAGUGAGAAGGACAACUCGAUUCGUGUCUUUUCUCUGGACUACAACACUGAAGUGGCGGUAGGUCUCACAGUCGAGUUCAAGCAGACCCUUUCGGCGAUGGGAAAAGACCUCGCUCCCACACCAGCCGAGCACAAAGACCUGGCUGCUGAGAUUGCUGUUAGCAGUGACGGGAGAUUCGUCUAUGCGUCGAACCGUAACUUGACACGAGUCGACGACGAUAUUCUGACAGUUUACUCUGUCGAUGCCGACCCUGCACAUGAUGACCGCCAUCUGACAUUUCUUCAAUCUCAAUCGACACGGGGUAAGCACCCCCGAAUGUUUGCACUCUCCAACGAUGCGGAAAACAAGUGGGUGGCUAUUGCCCAUCAAUUCAGUCAGGACAUUACCGUUUUCGCAAGGGACACGACAACAGGUCUGCUGGGCGAGGUGAGAGGUCGAAUUAGUGUCAAGGUAGUCGAGCCAUACCAAUCUACCCCAGACCAGGUCAGCUUUGUCAGUGUCCGAGGCCAACAAGGGCGAGAGGAUUUUAAGAGAGGUCGGACAGAAGGGCCAAUGUGUGUCUUGUGGAAAUAG